AUGGUUGUUAAUGAAACAAAAUCUCAAAUACUUGAAAUGCGUGCUUAUGAAAUGACCAUAGGACAUCCUUAUAAUGUCAGUAUUAAUAAUAGCAACUCAAUAAAAACACGUCUAAGUCUAAUGAAUCGAUUUCAUUGUACACAAUCUAUGGUAAAUACUCUUCAAAUAACUACUUUUAUCAAUGAAGGUUAUAUAAAAUUAAAACCACUUUUAUAUCCAUGUACAAUUGAAUUUAGUCUUAUGUGUUUAACAUUAUUUUUUCUCAUAUGGGAAAAUAUUGGCAAAACAUUUGCUUAUAAAAUGUCUAAUAAAGCUUCAAGUAAAAAUGUUUUUAUGGUUAAUUGUCAUGCAUCAAUAAAAGGUUUAUUUGCUGGUAUGAUCAUAUUCUCAUGUACAGUCAUAUCAAUAAUUCUUUAUGCUAUUUUGCAAAAUAAAAUCAAUGAUAAUAUAAAUUCUAUAUCAAUGUCAUUCAAUAUUCUUCAUACAUCAACUAUAUCUUAUCAAAAUCGUUCAUUACUUAUUGUUUCGACUCAUGGUCCAUUUACUUCAAUAUCAAAAACACCAAAAAAAAUUCUCUAUAGUAUUGCUAUUGUUGAAAUUGUUAAUUUAUGUUUAUUAAUUAUUUCUUUAUUUGCUACAAUAUGGGCAUUAAUAAAAAUUCGUAAAUUACAAUAUAGAAGAAUAACUACACGCUUUGAUAAUGUUUUGAUUAUUGUAUCAUUAGCAGGCAUUUAUUUAUAUUCAAUAUUUAGUGCUUUUGCUUUGCUUAUUAAUAAAAAUCCAGCAACAUGGAUUGCUUAUGUCAAAAUAGUUAUUGUUAUUUUAGAAUUUAUUGAAGGUACUAUUCAUGCUUUUUUUAUACUUAUUGCUUUGCGUAAACGUCUUAUACCAAAUAGUAAACAUGAAUAUCCAGCACGUGAAGUUAUUACAUUAUUAAUAAUGUUAGAUCUAAGUUUAUGGUUCGAAGAAACGACAACAACUACAAAACACGAAGCUAAUCCAUUUCAAUUAGCGUUCUAUCAUAUUAUACCAUGGUCAAUAAUUGCUGCUAUUUCUACACCACUUCAAAUUUUUUUUCGCUUUCACGCAUCUGUAUGCCUUUCACAUGUUUGGGAAAAUAUGUAUACUCUACAGGUAUAUGAACCAAUCGCUCCGCAUGGUUUAUGA